AUGGAUCACCGCGGGCCGCUGUUGCCCGAUGGCCGCCGGCUGGCGGCCGCGCUCCUCCUCCUCCUGGCGGCCUGCCUCUCGUCUGCCCGGGCCGUCACCAGCGAGGAGGCCUCCUACAUCGCACAACGCCAGCUGCUCGCCAUGAGCGAGGCCGGGGUGGGCGAGGACGGGGACCUCCCCGCGGACCUGGAGUCGAGGCCUUGCCUGGAGUUCGACGGCAAGGCCGCCACCGCCAACAUGACCUUCCCAAACGAUCGCCUCCGCCGCGCCUACAUCGGGCUCCAGGCCUGGCGCAAGGCCUUCUACUCCGACCCCAAGAACUUCACCAGCGACUGGGUGGGCGCCGACGUGUGCUCCUACAACGGCGUGGUCUGCGCGCAGGCGCAGGACGACGCCAAGGCCACCGUGGUCGCCGGGAUCGACCUCAACGGCGCCGACAUCGCCGGCUACCUCCCGCCGGAGCUCGGCCUGCUCACCGACCUUGCCUUCUUCCACAUCAACACCAACCGCUUCUGCGGCAUCAUCCCCAAGAGCAUGUCGCGCCUCACCAUCCUCUGGGAGUUCGACGUCAGCAACAACCGCUUCGUCGGCCCCUUCCCCUACGUCUGCCUCGAGAUGCCCACGCUCAAGUACCUCGACAUCCGCUUCAACGAGUUCGAGGGCGAGCUGCCGCCCGCGCUCUUCGACAAGCCCUACGACGCCAUCUUCGUCAACAGCAACCGCUUCGUCGGCCCCAUCCCGGAGACCAUCGGCAACUCCACCGCCUCCGUCGUCGUCUUCGCAAAUAACAAGUUCGUCGGAUGCAUCCCCAAGAGCAUCGGCCGCAUGGCCAAGACGCUCGACGAGAUCAUCUUCCUCAACAACACGCUCGAGGGCUGCAUGCCGCUCGAGAUCGGCAUGCUCACCAACACCACCGUCGUCGACGUCAGCGGCAACGGCCUCGUCGGCUCGCUGCCCAAGGAGAUCUCCGGCUGCAGCAAGCUCGAGCAGCUCGACGUCUCCAGGAACGUCCUCACCGGCGUCGUGCACGAGGCCAUCUGCGAGCUCCCCAUGCUCGUCAACUUCAGCUACGCAUCCAACUUCUUCGAGUCCGAGUCGUCGCCGUGCAUGCCCUCCGACAAAUCCGAGGUCAACCUCGACGACGCCAACAACUGCCUCGGCGCGCUCCGCCCCGCACAGAAGACCACGCUCCAGUGCGCGCCCGUGCUCGCGCGCCCCGUCGACUGCAACAAGCACGUGUGUGCCGGGUCGCACCCAACCACGACGCCUUCGCCGGACAGGAAGCAGGCAUCACCGCCGGCGCUGUCCCCGAUAAUUGGGCCAGCAAUGGAGAUCCCGACGCCGGCACCGGCACCGGCACCAGCACCCGAGCCGGCUGUUUUGGGCCCGAUUGUUGGGCCACUUCCACCCAAGGAUGAGUAUGCUGGUGCUUCCACCACCGACGCCCAUGAAGGUGCUUCCGCCACCCACACCGGUGUACUCUCCGCCACCCCCUGUGAAAUCUCCUCCCCCGCCGGCUCCAGUGAGCUCUCCACCCCCUCCGGUGAAGUCUCCUCCCCCGCCGGCACCGGUCCACUCUCCACCACCACCAGUGAAAUCUCCCCCACCACCGGCACCGGUGAGCUCUCCACCACCUCCGGUCAAGUCUCCUCCACCACCCGCGCCGGUCUACUCUCCACCACCCCCGGUGAAAUCUCCUCCCCCGCCUGCUCCAGUGAGCUCUCCACCACCUCCUGUGAAAUCUCCUCCACCACCUGCACCAGUGAGCUCUCCACCACCUGCACCGAAGAAGCCUCCGCCAACAGAAACACCGGUAAUCCCACCUAA